UGCCGUGUUGUUCCCCGGGUGGGCGAAGCCGGGGCGAGGGGCGUGCAGCGGCGGAGGGUGCGGAGGCGGCGUGAGCGAAGUGACCGUGCGUGCAGAGUGGGGCGAUCGCUUAGUUUAAAAUUGUAGGCCGGACUCGCCAUGCCUACUGUCAGCCUAAAGCGCGAUCUGCUCUUCCGAGCUCUGGGCCGGCCCUACACGGACAGAGAAUUUGAUGAACUAUGCUUUGAAUUUGGUCUGGAACUCGAUGAAAUUACAUCAGAGAAAGAAAUUUUAAGUAACGAACAAGGUAAUUAAAAGGCACAGGGGGCCUCUAAUGUUGUUCUCUACAAAAUUGAUGUCCUUGCCAAUAGAUGUGAUCUCCUGUGUCUGGAAGGAUUGGUUCGAGCACUUCAGGUCUUCAAAGAAAGGAUAAAGGCUCCAAUGUAUAAACGGGUAAUGCCUAAUGGAGAAAUCCAGAAAUUGAUCAUCACAGAAGAGACAGCUAAAAUACGCCCGUACUCUGUUGCAGCGGUUCUCCGAAACAUAAAGUUUACUAAAGAUCGGUAUGACAGCUUCGUUGAACUUCAGGAGAAGUUACAUCAGAACAUUUGCAGGAAAAGAGCCUUGGUUGCUAUUGGUACCCGUGACUUGGACACUUUGUCAGGCCCAUUUACUUAUACUGCGAAGAAACCUUCCGAUAUCAAAUUCAAGCCUCUAAAUAAGACCAAGGAGUAUACAGCCUGUGAACUGAUGAACAUAUACAAGACUGACAACCACCUUAAACAUUAUUCACAUAUAAUUGAAAAUAAACUUCUGUAUCCGGUUAUCUAUGAUACCAAUGGUGUCGUCCUUUCAAUGCCUCCAGCCAUCAAUGGAAAGCAUUCCAAAAUAACAGUAAAUACUAGAAAUGUAUUUAUUGAAUGCACAGGGACUGACUUUACUAAGGCAAAAAUAGUUCUUGAUAUCAUUGUUACCACGUUCAGUGAAUAUUGUGAGAAUCAAUUUACAGUUGAAGCAGCUGAGGUAGUUUUUCCUAAUGGAAAAUUACAUACCUUCCCAGAACUGGCUUAUCGAAAGGAGAUGGUGAGAGCUGAUCUAAUUAACAAAAAAGUUGGGGUCAGAGAAACUCCAGAAAAUCUUACCAAGCUUCUGACCAGGAUGUGUUUAAAGUCAGAAGUCAUAGGCGAUGGGGAUCAGAUUGAGAUCGAAAUCCCUCCGACCAGAGAUGACAUUAUCCACGCCUGUGAUAUCAUAGAAGAUGCAGCUAUUGCUUAUGGAUAUAACAACAUUCAGAUGACUCUCCCGAAAACAUACACCAUAGAUAAUGAAUUUCCCCUAAAUAAACUCACAGAACUCCUGAGACACGACAUGGCAGCUGCUGGAUUCACUGAGGCACUUACCUUUGCUCUGUGCUCCCAAGAAGAUAUUGCUGAUAAACUGGGUUUGGAUAUUUCUGCAACAAAGGCAGUCCACAUAAGUAAUCCUAAAACAGCUGAAUUUCAGGUGGCACACACAACCCUUCUUCCUGGCCUCCUAAAGACCAUAGCUGUGAAUCGGAAGAUGCCCCUUCCUCUGAAACUGUUUGAAAUCUCUGACAUUGUAAGAAAAGAUUCUAGCAGAGAUGUAGGUGCAAGAAACUACAGGCAUCUAUGUGCUGUUUAUUACAACAAGAAUUCUGGGUUUGAGAUAAUCCAUGGGCUUCUGGACAGAAUCACGCAGCUACUUGAUGUGCCUCCUGGUGAAAAGAAGGGAGGAUACCUGAUCAAAGUGUCAGAAAGCCCUGCAUUCUUCCCCGGGUGAUGUGCUGAGAUCUUUGCCCGGGGUCAGAGCAUCGGGAAGCUGGGGGUCCUUCAUCCUGAUGUUAUCACCAAAUUCGAGCUGACCAUGCCCUGCUCUUGCGGGGAAAUCAACACUGAGCCCUUUUUGUGAAGAUGGGUCUAUGUUGUGUGGUUCUCGCCCCGAGGGUCCCUCUCUCCUCCCAGGUGCCCUUUAGUUGUCCCCACAGUAAGUCAGUCCACUUGUACUUGUGCAUUAAUGUUGAAUAAAGUAGAAAGUAGUGUCUGGCUCCGUGGGUGGUACUGCCAUCCCCACGUCAGGCCAGCUUGUACUACACACGCACACACACACGCACACACACACACACAAAAUUGUAGUUAAAGCUCAAUGCGGUGAUUUUGUGUGACGUCCAACUGAACGCCUUUUUAAACCAUGGUCAGAAAAACUUGUGUGACUUAACGGAAUUCUCGAAGUGUUUUUUCACUCUGCAAAGUUCGAUAGAAUUCCUAGCAGUUUGGAUAUAUUUUACCAUAGUUCUUUAACAGCUAAGCUCUCAGCAGUUAUAUUGACUUGAGUUUCUAUCGUAGUGAAGUUGAAAGUAUUAGCCUUGCGAGGUAGCUGAGGGAUUCCUUUUUUUCUGUAUAGAUCCUUACAAUCAAGCCAGUGAAAACAUUUUCAUUUUGGGGUUGGUAGAUGCAGACUAUUACGUUUAGAAGGGAUAAACAACAAGGUUCUGCUCUAUAGCACAAGGGACUAUAUACAAACCCUCGGGAUAAACCAUAGUGGAAAACAGUAUUUUAAAGUAAGUAUGUACGUUAUAACUGAGUCACUUUGCUGUACAG